AUUAUUUCCCACUAUUAACGCGCGGGCAUCUCAUCCUGAAACUCGCAAUAGGGAUUCGGCGGCGAUCCGCUGACGACGGAGAAUAGAUCCCCGACCUCCGGUCUUCCCACUUUCCCUCCGCCCAUCUUCUUCUCUCACCAUCCCUCUGUUUCUUUGUUCGACGCCGCCGUACACGCGAAUGUCUCCACUGCGAUGAUGGCGGCCUGCGAGACCGUGCGAGGAUUUUGGGAUCGGCUCUUGGGCCGAUGCUUCCGGAACUUCCCUUGCCUCUCCGAUCGCGCGAGGAGAUCGUCGCUUGGUUUGAAGGCAGUGCUUGUGCUCCUUCACGUGGUCUUCGUAGGCGUCCUUUAUCUAUUGGAUACUGAUUUGAUACGGAAGACUCGUGAGAUGCCCUGGUAUAUGGGAGCAUACUUGUUACUGGUUUUAGCUACACUAGUUCAAUAUUUUAUUACUGCAUUUUCCUCUCCGGGGUAUGUCAUUGAUGCAAUGGCUGCUGGAAGUGAGAUGCAUACAACUCAUGUAAAUUCAUCAAGAAAUUCAAUGCAACAUGCUUCAAGAAAUGGGACCUUGAUUUCUUCCCUGAAUAACAGCCAGUUGGGCAGAAAUAACCCUCGAAUGAAUUCCUCAUAUUGGUUGAAGCUGGUCAUGGAAUUGUAUCCUCCUGGAUCAUCUAGCAGGAGUUGGACUUGCUUGUACUGUAAUCUCAUCCAGCCUCCACGUGCAAAGCAUUGCCAUGAUUGUAACAAAUGUGUCCUUCAGUUUGAUCAUCAUUGUGUUUGGCUUGGGACAUGCAUUGGCAAAGGGAAUCAUUGUCGAUUUUGGUGGUACAUUUUUGCUGAGACAAUUGUAUGCAUAUGGUCAGGAGUAUUGUACAUCUCCUUCCUUAGAUCAGACUUGAUGAAUGUUUGGUGGAAGAUUAUGAUUGUGGUGGUCUUGUUUAUAGGAUUAUCACUUUGCUUCAUCUUUCUUCUUCUGCUGCUGCUUUUUCAUACUUUUCUCGUGCUAACAAAUCAGACUACAUAUGAACUGGUGAGAAGACGGCGGAUACCCUAUUUAAGGGGAAUUCCUGAGAGAGUUCGGCCAUUCAGCAAAGGCAUUUGCAGGAACCUGUAUAACUUUUGCUGCUCUUUUGAUAGUAUCUACAACUUGGAAGCAGUUCCCACAUUAGAGGAGCUAGAAGAGAGAGCAAGAUCAUACACCUGCACUGAUAUCCUCACUUGCAGGUGUUGCUGAGACCUAAGUUGUUGGGGUUCUUUUCUGGGGUCUGCUUGUAAGGUGUGAAUUCUGUGAUUUUCUAAACCCAUUAUGCUAUUAUGCUAUUCUCAAUAAUUUUAUUAUUUGUUUGCAGAUUUUUUUUUUUUUAUUGCAUCAGACUAUAAAUUUAUAAUUAUGUAAUUGGGAUAAGGCUUAUGAUGCAAUUUUUGCUGGUUUAGUUAUUUUGUAAUUAUGUAGUUUUUAUUUAUCA